ACACACUCUCUCACCAACCUCUCUCUCUCUCUCUCUCUCUCUCUCUCUCUCUCUGUAUUUGGUUACAUACAGAAACUAAAUCAGUCGAUCGUGACAGUCACAGAGACAGUAGAGAUCGGUACUUAGUCAGUAAAACUUAUAUAUAUAUAUAUAUUCAGAUUAAAAUCUCCUUUGUUUUUUCUAUAAUCGUGUCCUACGACGUCGGUUAUCACCACCAUAGCAGAGCUAUCUAGUAUCAUAUAAAGAUGUCGAUGGUGGUGGUAGUAGUAAUGGUGUUAAAGGGUGUGCUAUUGGUGCUGAUGAGUUUACUGGCGAGAGCCGUGUACAACAUGCUUUGGUGCUAUUGGUUGACACCGAGACGCAUCAGGAAAAUCAUGGAUCGGCAAGGAGUGCGUGGGCCUGAACCUCGCCUUCUCGUUGGUAACAUCUUGGACAUGGCUGCUCUCAUAGAAAAAUCAACUUCGCACGACAUGAACUCCAUCACACACGACGUCGUUUCCCGUCUCUUACCCCAUUAUGUCGCCUGGUCUAAACAAUACGGGAAACGGUUUAUAUACUGGAAUGGAAUCGAACCAAGGAUGUGUUUAACGGAGACUGAAUUGAUUAAAGAGCUAUUAUCAAAGUAUAGUAACAUAUCGGGGAAAUCGUGGCAACAACAACAGGGGUCUAAACAUUUUAUUGGGCGUGGCUUAUUGAUGGCCAACGGCCAAGAUUGGUACCACCAGCGUCACAUCGUUGCCCCUGCAUUCAAGGGGGACAAACUCAAGAGCUAUGCGGGGUACAUGGUGGAAUGCACUAAGAAGAUGCUCCAAACACUAGAGAAAGAAGUGGUCUCGGGUCGAGCCGAGUUCGAAAUCGGUGAGUACAUGACUCGACUCACCGCCGACAUAAUAUCCCGGACCGAGUUCGAUAGUAGCUACGAGAAAGGGAAGCAAAUAUUCCAUCUUUUAACAGUUUUACAACAUCUCUGUGCUCAAGCAAGUCGCCGUCUUUGUGUACCCGGAAGCCGGUUCUUACCAAGUAAGUAUAACAGAGAAAUAAAGUCAUUGAAAUCAGAAGUGGAGAGGUUACUAAUGGAGAUAAUCCAAAGCAGAAGAGACUGUGUUGAGAUUGGUAGAAGUAGCUCGUAUGGAAAUGAUCUUCUUGGUAUGCUGCUUAAUGAAAUGCAAAAGCAAAAGAGAGGGAAUAUGGGAUUUAGUUUAAAUCUUCAACUUAUAAUGGAUGAAUGUAAGACUUUUUUCUUUGCUGGACAUGAGACUACAGCCUUGUUGCUGACGUGGACUGUCAUGUUACUAGCGAGCAAUCCUAAAUGGCAAGACAGCAUUCGUGCCGAGGUCAAACAAGUUUGCAAAGGCCACGAUCCCACCGUUGACCAUCUCCCUAAACUUACCUUGUUAAAUAUGGUAAUAAACGAAUCACUGAGGCUUUAUCCACCGGCUAGUGUACUCCCCAGAAUGGCGUUUGAAGACAUAAAACUAGGCGAUCUUCAUAUCCCAAAGGGGCUAUCGAUAUGGAUACCAGUGCUUGCAAUCCACCACAGUGAGGAGUUAUGGGGUAAAGAUGCAAAUGAGUUCAACCCAGAAAGAUUUGCUUCCAAAUCAUACAUUCCUGGCCGGUUCAUCCCAUUCGCAUCCGGUCCAAGAAAUUGCGUAGGUCAAGCUUUCGCCAUGAUGGAAGCUAAGACAAUUUUGGCCAUGUUAAUCUCUAAAUUUAGCUUCAUCAUUUCAGAUAGUUAUCGCCAUGCUCCUGUCGUUGUCCUCACCAUAAAGCCUAAGUAUGGGGUUCAAGUUUGUUUGAAGCCUAUUCAAGAUUGAAGUUACUAUAUACUUAGAUUAUGGUGCUUUAAUAUGCCUUUUAAUUGGAGUUUUUUUAGAGAUUGGUGGUGAUUAGGCAGUUCUUAAUUUGAGGAGUUUUUUUGGGGUGUUCUCGAUAAGAAUAUGGCAAGUUUCAUAUUUUACUAUUAUUUUUGGCUCAUGUUCCUGAAUAUUAUAAGAGUAUAGUCAAGAGAUAGGCAUGAAAUGAUGGCAUACACAGAGAUAUCAAUAAAAAUUUAACGAAUCACACAGUGACUUUGCCUUUU